AUGCGACCUAUGGUUUUUGCUGGCCUCGUGGGCACGAUACUUGCCAUCGAGAGCCCGGAGGAAUGUGCCGACAGAUGCACUCUCGCGUGGUACGAGUGCAAGGGUAUACACGGGGGACGUUGGCCCUGCGACGGGGCGUAUAGUGUCUGCUUGGGUUUUAAUCCUUUCACAAGGGGCUACGAUGUGCCAAUUGCUUGCAGGGGCAAAAACAAGCCCUUCGACCCGUUUGCUCCGCCUCCCCCUUCGCCUCCUCCGCCUCCGACUCCGACGGUUGCUACGGAUGUUCAUACACAUGAGUGUCUCUGGGCGUACAAAAAGUGCAUCAACAAACCCGAUGCCAACAAGUCCACAUGUCGUGACAAAUUCCACGCCUGCCUGAAGCACAAAAGUCUCAAAGCAAUGAUUGAGAGGAGGAUGAUGGUGGGCUCUGAGACCACGGAGCCUUCCAUCACAGAGCCUCCUUCUCCCUGCGCUACUGAUGAUUUGGAAUGCUUGGGGCACCGUAUUUCUUCCAGUACCACGGAAAAUCUUGGGAAAAUGAUGACGACGGGCUCCGAGACCACGGAGCCUCCUAUUGCCGAAACGUCUUCUGCCUGCGCUACCGACGAUGUGGAAUGCUCCGAGCACAAUCCUGCUCCUACUACCACAGAAGAUCUCUGGGAAACGAUGACAACGGACUCCGAGACCGUGGAGCCUUCCGUCACAUCCGUCCCAUCCGUCCCAAAGGGCCCUUCUCCCUGCGCUGGAGGCUGCUUGCGCGACUACUACAGCUGCUUACUGGUGCCCGACUUCAACCACUGCCCGACAAUGCUCAAUCAAUGCCUUGGCUACAACCCCUUCUACAGCGGCAAGCUGGACCUUCCUAUUGCUACCUGCGCCAAAGAGCCGACAUCUACUUCCACUACUCGCACUCCAACUCCCACACCGACCCUCGUCCAGGACAAGUGUGUCAAAAAAUGCACUGACAUAUUUAACGCAUGCAAGCGCUUGCCCAACUCCCACGAAGCAGUUUGUGGUCUUCAUCUCAUGCAGUGUGUCGGAUACAACUAUUUCAAGGAAGGCCUAAAGUUUCCUACCACCUGCAGAACGCCCACGUCUACCCCUACCCCUACCUCUACCCCUACCGCCGAUCUCUGCGCUCAGAAUUGCCUCGACGAGUGGGAAGGCUGCAAGAGCACAAGAAAGGACCGAGCCCGCUGCAAGUCUGCCAUGACUGAAUGUCUAGGCUACGACCCCUUCAAGAAGGGCCACAAGAAACCUACUGCUUGCCAGCGAUCAGAUGCUCCGUCUCCGACCGCCCAACCUACCCAAGCUGCCCGCGCCAAAAGCUGCACCGAUGAAUGGCAGGCCUGUCGUUCUCGCCCUGGGGCGGACCAGUCCCUUUGCUCUUUCAACUUUGCAAAUUGUCUCGGAUACGCUCCAUUCUCGAACUCGACAAAUUCGACUUUGCCGGUUUCGCGCUCCAGGAGUAUACCCGCGAAUAUAACAACCACGGCCCCCUUCCCCUUUACCAACUUGACCAAGGCCGUGUCAACAACAACUGCCGUCACCGAGUUCCCUAUGUCUACAUCGUUCAGUUCUUCAUCUCAGACUCCUGUUGGCACCAUCUGGGUGCCUACUAGUACCACGAAUUUCACGGCUACCCUGACUGCGGCCGCGGGUCAUCUCGAGCCGGCGAUGCUCCUGGUUGUUCUUGCUGUUGCUUUGCUGUAG